GCUUUAACCAAUGAUCUUUCACGUACGUGCUGACGUCGCCUAGAGCGACAGAAAAUCAAGAUGGUGCUGGAAAGUACUAUGGUCUGUGUGGACAACAGUGAAUAUAUGCGCAAUGGAGACUUCUUGCCUACCAGACUUCAGGCCCAGCAAGACGCUGUCAACAUCAUCUGUCAUUCGAAAACUCGGACUAACCCAGAAAACAAUGUGGGACUCAUCACUAUGGCCAAUAACUGUGAGGUCCUGACCACUCUGACCCCCGACACUGGGAGGAUUCUAUCAAAGCUUCAUGCUGUCACGCCCAGAGGAGUCAUCAGCUUCUGUACAGGCAUCAGAGUAGCACAUCUGGCAUUGAAGCACAGACAGGGAAAGAACCAUAAGAUGAGGAUCAUUGCCUUUGUGGGGAGCCCUGUGGAGGACCAGGAGAAAGACUUGGUGAAGAUGGCAAAGCGUUUGAAGAAGGAGAAAGUCAGUGUUGACAUCAUUAACUUUGGAGAAGAGGAGGUGAACACGGAUAAGCUGACUGUGUUUGUGAAUACCCUAAAUGGAAAGGAGGGUGCAGGCUCUCACCUUGUAACGGUGCCCCCUGGCCCGAGCCUGGCAGACGCUCUACUGUCCUCUCCCAUCAUGGCUGGAGAGGGUGGCACCAUUAUGGGCCUAGGUGCCAGUGACUUCGAGUUUGGAGUGGACCCCAGUGCCGACCCUGAGCUCGCUCUGGCUUUACGUGUCUCAAUGGAGGAGCAGAGACAGAGGCAGGAGGAGGAAGCUCGCAGGGCAACUGUGGCCUCAGCUGCAGAGGCUGGAGUCUCAUCACCCACUGCAGAUGAGUCUGAAAAUGCCCUGCUGAAGAUGUCGACUGCUCCUGCCCUGCCUGAUUUCAGCCGCAUGACUGAGGAUGAACAGAUCGCAUAUGCUCUACAGAUGUCCAUGCAAGGAGAAGAGUUUGGGGGUUCAGAGGCCAUGGAUGUGGACGCAGGGGCCGCAGCAGACAGUGAAGGUGCUAAGGAGGAUGAGGAGGAUUAUGAUGUGAUGCAGGAUCCAGAGUUUUUGCAGAGUGUGCUGGAGAACCUUCCAGGAGUUGAUCCCAACAAUGAAGCCAUCCGUAAUGCCAUGGGCUCUCUGGCAUCCCAGAACAAAGCCAAACCACCUGAGGACAAGAAAGAUGAGAAGAAAUAGAGGAAGCCUGAGGGAGGUCUGGACUGACAGUGGGCAUCAAAGACAAAUAAUAUGGGAGAAGGGUUUCAAACUGGACUAUGUGUAAAGACGAAUACAAUCACAGGAUGCACAUUAUAGAUGAAAAAGUUAUUAAUGAUUUAAUGAGUUUUCUUACAGAUGAUAACAUUGAAACAGAUAAACAGAACAGACCAAUAACCAACUCUACUGAAAGAAAAAAUAUAUCCCUAGGAAACGCUUGUACCUGUAAUGGUGAAUGAGAAUGAUCUUUUUUCUUUUUUAUGCAUCAUUAUCACUUUAAUAUCUGAUCUGAAAAAUAUAUGAGUGGGGAAAAAACACUUCUAUUAGUAGCGUUCACUUUAGUGUUUAUUUUCUUGGUAGCUUGCUUUGUCACCCAACUAUAAUUUACCAUGUGGCUUUUGAAUAACUCUUUGUAAAUGUUUAUUUGUUAUUUUUGUAUCAUCAUUUUGAUGAUUUUCCUUUUUAAAUAAAGUGCUUUG